GGGGAUCUUUACUGAGAACCUACUCUACUCUAGAUGACCUGGAUCCCCGAGGGACUCGCUCAUGCAUUUCAGUUGCAUUUCGUAAUCAACAUUUUGUGCUGGUACAAACAAAUUCAAUUUAAAAAGGUUAUAAUUAAUUUUCUCAAGACAAAAAAAAAAAAAAAUUAUUAAUUUGUACAUAGAAAAAUAAUUUUGUACAACAAAAUUGAUCAUUGUCAUUUCAAAAAUUGUCUUGUAAUAAAAAGAGCUCAAUAUUGUGUACACAAAAUUUGAUUACAAAAUGAUGAAGUCCCAAGUGGCGCCCCUUAACUGUUCAUAAACAUAAACAAGUAUGGCAGCUCUAGCUGUAGAUGAGAAACGGCUCUGGAAAUUUCUUAUAUUUGGGGUUAGUGGCAAAAUCAACAGACAACCUAUCGAAGUCCUAAAAAACCACGUGGAUGGCGCUAUUGAUAGUAUUCUCCAAAGAGGAAGCGGGGGAACCAUUAUUAAGUUGGUGGAAGAAAGAUCUCACAAGUGCUGCAAAUUUUACCCUGUGGCAUAUGUUUUGGCAAAAUGUGCAAGGUGUAGUGACAAAAAUGUUUCUAAGCAAGCUUAUCUACUCCUUCCAAAAGUGUGUAAAACACCUUCCCAUUUAUUUCUGUUUCAUUUUUACUGCAAACAUGCUUGCAAUCUCAAAAGUUGGCCAAGAGCGCACAGACGACACAUAGCCGCUUGGUACACUGAGAAUCCGGAAUAUCAGAAGGAUUUUCUCCAGUUGGCAAGGCAUGUGACAAAGUACAGAUGUCGCCAUGGAAUAAGCCAUAGAAAGGUGAUUCGAUCGUGUCACCCUAAACCACCAAACGAGAAAUUUGAUUUCAUUUUCCGAUAUGUGGCAAAAGGAUUGAAAAAAGCAGAUGCCAAAUACUCUGGCCAAGUUUCAGUGGCUACGAGGGUUUUCUCUGAGGAAUGUGAAGAUUUUAUCAGAGAUUAUGAGACAAUGAAAUCUAGACGUGCCUCAUUGGAUCACGUGAUUAAAACCAUAAAGAUAUGGCGGCUCACAUGGGAGCAUGUCCCAGCAACAUUUUUAGAGUUGCCUGAAGUUUGGAAAACCUUGUUACUUCAAACACAAAUGCCAGUGACAGCACUUAUAAGAAAUCUGGUAAAGAUGACAAGACUUGAUAUAUUGCAGCCCGACAGUGAAGGAGAAAGAAUGGUCUGUACAAAAUUAAACGACCCUAACAUUUUGGAACAAACGAAAAUACACCCAUUUCAUGUGCUUACUGCACUAGCUGCUUACAGAAGGGGAAAGAAGGAGAAAAAGGGAAAGGCCCUAACCUGGGCAGUGAGUGAUAGAAUUAUGCAGGCUCUAUAUCAGUUUUUCUUGCAUUCCCAUGCCCUGUCUCCAACAGAGAAACGGUUACUUUUGGCCAUUGAUGUAACUAUGGAGAUGGAGAAGCCGGUUGGAAGUUCAUGUCUUACCACCAAAGAAGCAGCAGUGGCUCUGGCAGUGGCCCUGCACCAGAAUGCCAACAAAGCUGAAACAGUCACAUUUGGUAAAGUGACAAAUAAAUUUGAGAUUCAGCCCCAGAACCAGAGUGCAUUUGACAUAGAAAGUACAUUAGAAAGUAUUCACCACCAGACUGCUGAGGAAACUGUCAAACCAAAUUAUAGUUCUCCUUUCAUGCACGCCAAGCAGAAAAGUGAGGGAUACGAUGGACUCAUUCUCCUCACAUCCCAAGUCAAUGCAGAAGAAGCAACUACCAUCAGGAACUCUUUCCAAGAAUACAAGAAGGAAAAUAAUCCCCAGGCAAAGUGUGUAAUCAUUACAUACUGUCACUCUGAACAUGUUGGAUCAGAGAAUGACUCGGACAUUUUGGAGGUGGAAGGAGUAGACUCAUGUGCCGCAAAAGAUAUGAUGGAUUUUAUUAAUGGUUUUAACCCCAUGGAUUUAGCAUUUAGUGUUCUUGAUAUCAGAGACUAAAGACUAAAGGUACAAUUGUGUGAUACUUAGUGAAAUAUAGACCACUAAAUUUAGUUUUAAUUUUGAGGUUGUUACAAAUUUUCAGUACAGAUGUGCAUCAGUAUAUAUUUAUGUUUCCAAUGUAUUGUAGUCAUGUAUGGAUCUGACUGGAAAUUCUGACAGAAAUGAGAGUAGUAUGUAAAAUAUAAGAAAUGAAUUUCAUUUUUAAAAUUACACGAGGGUAUGGUCUGUAGACAUGUAUAUAUUAGAAAAACUUUUUCUUAUGCUCAUCCUGUACCUGUGGUAAAAGUUUGAUAUUUAUUUGUAGCAGUCAGACGGAUUCGAUCGCCGUAGGCCAGGUAGGUCAGUUGACCAGUAGAGCACCUGACUAGAGAUUCAGGGGGCCUGGGUUUGAAUCCCGGUCUGGUCUGUUGCAUUUUCUCCCUUCCUGUACAUGUACCAUAAUUUUACUAACCUAUACUUGGUCAGUAUUUAUAGGUUAUUGACUGAAUAUCAGGAAACAUGGCUACUCCAGGGCAUUAUGCUGUAAGCUAUCUGAACCUGUGAGGUUCACUUCUGAGAAAUGAGAAAGGGUGGGCAUAGUCCCAAAAUUUAAUCAUUACAGUAACCUCUUUAUUACCUAUUUUUUUCAAAAAAAAAUUUUAUUCCCCCAGAAUUAAAGAUUCGAGGGCAUAUAGUUUUUAGCACACCUGAGCUGAAAGCUCAGGUGAGCUUUUCUGAUCGCCUAUUGUCCGUCAUCUGUUUGUCUGUCCAUCUGUCUGUAAACUUUUUACAUUUUCAACUUCUUUUCCAGAACCACUGGGCCAAAUAUAACCAAACUUGGCCAGAAGCAUCCUUGGAUGAAGGGCUUGCAGACCUGUUCAAAUGAAGUGCCAUGCCCCCUUCAAAGGAUAAUCACAAAAAUGCAAAAAUAGGAUGGGGUCAUUUCAAAAUCUUCUUCUCAAGAACCACUGGGCCAGAAGAGCUAAAAUUCACACGAAAGCUUCCUGACACAGUGCAGAUUAAAGUUUGUUAACAUCAUGGCCCCCGGGGUAGGAUGGGGCCACAAUAGGAGAUCAAAGUUAUACAUAAAAAUAUAUAGGGAAAAUCUUUAAAACUCUUCUUCUCAAAAACUACUGGGCCAGGUAAGCUGAGAUGUACAUGAAAGCUUCCUGACAUAGUGCAGAUUCAGGUUUGUUAAACUCGUGACCCCUUUGGCUAGGAUGGGGCCACAAUAGGGGAUCAAAGUUUUACAUAACUAAUAAAUAGAAAAAAAUCUUUAAAAAUUUUCUCCUUAAGAUCCAUGGACCAAAGAAGUUUAUAUUUGCAUAAAAGCUUACUGACAUAGUGCAGAUUCAAGUUUGUAAAAAUUAUGACCACCGGGAGUAGGUUGGGACCACAAUAGGGAUCAAAGUUUUACAUGCGAAUAUAUAGGAAAAAUCUUUAAAUAUGAGUAGAGGUGAGCGAUGUGGCCCAUGGGCCUCUUGUUUGACCUCCUCUGUCUGCCUGUGUCAAAAAAGUUUAAUCUUGGUCAUAUCUUUUACUCCAUUAGAGGUGGAGCUUUCAUAGCAGGAAGGCCUCUACCAAAAUUGUAAAUUUCAUGAUCUCAGGGGUAGAGGUUCCAACUCCAGGCAAUUUUUAUGCCUCGUUCACAAAAAGAUUUAAUUCGCCUUAGAGGGAAGUUAACGCGAAUUAAAUCUGAACCAUAUUCACAUGGAGAUUUUAAUUCGGUGUGUGUAUUUUUUAUGGCAAGACCUUUCCAUUGACCUUUGACCUGGUUCCACUCUGUUGUAAUCAGGGGCAUCAGUGUUUCACCAACACAUCUUGUUACUUCUUAUAUUUAAAGGGAUAUGGACAUGAUUUGAGCUGAAAAUUAAAAAUUUUUAUUUUCAAUCUUUAGAAUGCUUAACUAAGGUAUUACUAAUGAUCAGUGAAAAUUUUUUUGUCAGUAGUCAAGGUACAUUGGAGAUACAGAGGUCACGAUUCCUUGUUAUGUAAACAAGGCUCAUGCCAUGUUUUUGUAUACAUAUAGGUUAAAUAAACUUGUAAAAGUUUCGUUUAAUUAAAGUAAUUCUGCCCUCCUGUGACGUCAUAAGAUUUUGCAAAAUCAAUGAUUUAUUUAGAUUUAUGCAUGAUAGGAACAUCAAUUUUGUUAAGAGUCUUUUCCGAUAGUUAUUGUAAAAAUUCUUGUUAAAAAUAAAUGUCUAUUUCAAAAAUCUUAGUUAUAGAUGAUUUAAUCCAUGAUAUUUUCAAAAUAUUGAAUCCAAGGGCAAUAGCUCUGUUUUUAUUGAUUUCUUUAUGAAGUCUAUAAUGUGAUAGAUUUCCUUUAUUUUUUACAGACAUCUUGUAUAUUUUUGUGAAGAAACUGUUUCAUGAAAUUGUUGUGAAUGCUAUGAUAUUGUUAUUACCAGCUUUUAUGCAAGUAUGGAGUUACCUUAAAGCAGAUUUUUUUCAAUUUAUAAGUGAAUUCUUAAUAGCACAAUUAAAUAGUUUCUAGUGUUUGGCACAUCUCAGUUUGUUUUAAACACGCUAUUUUCUAUUAGUCUAAUGUAAACAAAAACAUGGCACGAGCCUUGUUUACACAACAAAGAAUUGCGAGUGCUGUAUAUCUCACUUAUAACUCACUUAUCACUUAUAACUCAAAAACUGAUAUUCAAAUUUUGGUUGACCACUAGAAAUACUUUAGUUAAGCAUUAUAAACAAUAAAAAUGGAAAAAUGAAAUUUGAAAAUUUUCAGCUCGAAUUGUGACCAUGCCCCUUUUUAAGAGAGCACAUUAUUUUUUCAGUGGUGGAUGAAGUGUUUAUGUCCAUGAUCAUUAUAUGUAAACAGUUGUGACAAAUGGAGUAUCAAUGUGUGUAAUAUAAUGGCCUAGAUGUACUGUUUCAUAAUUUUAACACUCAGUCUAAUAUAUUUUUUUGUAAAUGGCUUGCUUGUCUACAGUUGUUUGUGAGUACAUGGCUUGUUGAAUUCGAUACAACUUUUACACAUUUAUUCAUGUAUGAGAGUGAAUGUGUUUGGCAUUAGAUUCUGUGAUAAAAAUUCGUCUGUUAGUGGUGUGUA